UUGUUUUGAUUGUUGAUUGAUUGGUGAUAGAAGAAAUGUCGUGAACUAAGAAAACCAUGAAACGUAAAAAUUCAUAAAAAUCCAAAGUUUAGUACUAAUAUUUACAUCUUUUCUCAUAUGCAACUUUUUAGGCAAUUGAAAAGUCGUAGAUAUAAAAAAAUUAACAGUAAAAUACGAAAAAAUAAACAGAAAUGCCAACUUACUAAAAACAGAAAUGUAUGGAGAGUGACUCCUAAAGAUUCGCGCGACAUCUACCGACAACGUCUUCAACGCCGACUAGAAGAGAAAGAUUGUGAUAAAGAAGAAUGUAUUUGUAAUGGAGCCAAUAAAGAAUAUAAGCGAUAUCGUAGAAUAAAGAAGAGGCAUGUAACAUAUUCGCGGAGCAAGUGUUGCAAAAGACACUGCAGCCGCGCCUCGGAUACGACCGUAUCCAGCUAUACUCGCUCUUCAAACUCCGACAUCACCAACACAUGUGAAAUGGACACCAAAUAGUUUUUGUGUUUUUUGUAAUUCAUUUAUUUUCUUGUAACUCCAAAUAUGACUUUAAUAAAAAAAUACCCAUC